AUGGCUCCACCACUAGGAGAUAAUGAUGGGGAUGAGUUCUUCUUCGACAACCGCUACACAGUUCCAGUGAUCGUGACAAGUCGGUUAGAGACAAGUGCUGGAUUCCUCGAAGAUGCUGAAAUGGAAAAAACAGACAGGAUAGAUUACCAAUGCAUUUUGUGGUCAAUGAUGCCUCGAAGACCACCGACUUCGGGCAUGGAGCACCCGUGUUUGAUAUGUAUAAAAAUGGACCAGAAGUGUAAAAACCAUCCGAGGUUCUGUUACAUCUGCGGACAUGUGGUUCUUCCAGACCGUCAAGCAAAAAUCACGGGUUUUGUGAAGAAGGCAUGUCAGGUUUACUUUGGAGCCAAACUAGGGGACCAGGAUAAGCUAUUCACUCUCCAUAUCUGUUGCAAAACAUGUGUAGAGCACUUACGGGAUUGGAGGAAUAAGAAAAGGAAGAGUAUGCCAUUUGGUGUCCCAACGGUGUGGAGGGAAGGGAAAGAUCAUGUUACCGAUUGCUACUUUUGCAUGACAAAUCUAAAAGGCAUCAAGCACAAGAACAAGCACUAUGUUCAAUACCCUGAUGUUCCUUCUGCCAUAAAGCCAGUCCCCCAUGGCCCUGAUCUUCCUGUUCCUGAGUCAAAUGUCACCAUGGAAUCUAGUUCUGAUUCUGAAUCUAGUGACAUGACUGAUACAGCUGAGUGUGGUGCAAACAGGCCAGAAGAGGACGACCAACCUGUGCCUUUGACCCAAGCCGAACUCAAUGACCUGACACGAGACCUGAACCUUUCCAAGGAAUCUGCCCAGCUACUGGGUUCUUGUCUUUGA